GUCAACGCCUCCCGCAUUCAACACACGCCAAGCGUUGCUGGCGGCGAAGACGUGCAACCUGCAGCGACCGCACUUCAAACCUCCUCGGCCCUAGCCUUCCCUUGGGCUUUCCCAGGCCACACCCCGACUCACCAAUGGCCGGCUCCGGCGCCAACGACGAUGAGGUCAUCUUCGAGAUGGCGCAGUUCAUCCGCGUCUACAAGAGCGGCCGCGUGGAGCGCUACUUCGGCUCCGACCCCGUCCCGGCCUCCACAGACACCGCCACGGGCGUCGCCUCUAAGGACCGCGCCGUCUCCCCAGACGUCGCCGUCCGCCUCUACCUCCCGCCGCCCGCCAAGGAUACCGAAGACAACGGCGGAAGCAGUAAGAAGCUUCCAAUCCUCGUGUACUUCCACGGCGGCGGCUUCUGCCUCCACACCGCCUUCAACUUCGUCUUCCACGCCUACCUGACCUCCCUCGCCGCGCGUGCCCGCGCCAUCGUCGUCUCCGUCGAGUACCGCCUCGCGCCCGAGCACCCGCUCCCCGCCGCGUACGACGACUCCUGGCGGGCGCUCCUCUGGGUCGCAUCCCACGCCACUGGAUCCGGUGAGGAACUCUGGCUCACCGACCACGGCGACUUCUCCCGCUUGUGCGUCGGCGGCGAUAGCGCGGGCGCCAACAUCGCGCACCACAUGGCGAUGCGCGCCGGCGCCGAGCCCCUCCCGCACGGCGCCCGCAUCAGCGGCGCCGCAAUCGUGCACCCCUACUUCCUCGGAGCCGACCGGGUGGCCUCCGAGGAGACGGACCCCGCGCUGGCCGAGAACGUGGUGACCAUGUGGCGUGUGGUGUGCCCCGGUACCACAGGCUUGGACGACCCCUGGAUCAACCCGCUCGCGGCCGGCGCGCCUGGGCUGGAGGGGCUCGCGUGCGCGCGCGUCCUCGUGUGCCUCGCCGAGAAGGACGUGGCCCGCGACCGGGGACGCGCGUACGCCGCGGAGCUUAGGGCCAGCGGAUGGGCUGGGGAGGUGGAGGUGGUCGAGGUGAACGGGCAGGGUCACUGCUUCCACCUCGUCGACUUCGCGUGCUCCGAUGCUGUCGCGCAGGACGACGCCAUUGCGAGAUUUGUUAACCUGUACUAGGAUCCUGCGAUCUCGUGGGCGUCGUACUUUGCAUAUGGUCUACGCCUGCCUGAUAUGUCUGUAAACCUACCGGCGAAUUCAUACUCUUUUACGUUUCUGCGGUCCGAAAAUUAUUGUCGUUGAUAUACAUCCGGCUGCGGUCGGUGGAGGAUUUUGGAUCGCCACUUGAUCAAUCCAAACUUGAUUUAAAACUUUUCUGUGUUCUAAUCAAAACGAGGCACACAAAUCUAA